UGGCUCUUUCUCCACUAGCAAACAGCCCCACAAUGUACCUCAAUCGCUCUUAAAUCUAUUUUUAAACGAUUUUAUUCCGCUCUACGCCGAUGCGAACGGGACCGGACUGUUGUUUGGGAAUUUAUCUGAAGACUUGCCGCCUCAAAGCAGCUUUAUAACGCUUUGUUUGAGCACUAUUUGACAAAAUAGUCGAGGAGGAGGAAAUUCCACACAAGCAGUGAAAGGCAGUCCUCGCGUUCAUCCGGGUAUUAAAGUCCAGGCUGUAGAGACUCCUUCGCUCCUAAGGGUUCAAAUUGGAGCAAGACCAGAUCACAUGGUGCUGAGACACUUGGGUUGGAUUCUUAAAAAGCGUUUGCCUUGCGGAAAUAGAGCUGAUAGUGUGGCUAGUGUCCUGUGUGCUGACCUCAUGGUGUAAGCAAGUGUGAAGAUGAGUAUUAGCAGCGAUGAGGUCAACUUCCUGGUGUAUAGAUACCUGCAGGAGUCAGGGUUUUCCCACUCGGCCUUCACAUUCGGCAUUGAGAGCCACAUCAGCCAGUCGAACAUCAACGGCGCCUUGGUGCCCCCUGCUGCCCUAAUCUCCAUCAUUCAGAAGGGCCUGCAGUACGUGGAGGCUGAAGUCAGCAUCAAUGAGGACGGCACUCUGUUCGAUGGGCGGCCAAUUGAAUCACUGUCAUUGAUUGACGCGGUGAUGCCCGAUGUGGUACAGACCCGGCAGCAGGCGUACCGAGACAAACUGGCUCAGCAGCAGGCCGCCGCAGCGCCAUCAGCAACCAGCGCUAACAUGCAGGGGAAUGCCAAAAACGGAGAAAACACCGCAAACGGAGAGGAGAACGGUGCUCACGCCUUACCUAAUAACCAUGCAGACAUGAUGGAGGUGGACGGGGAUGUGGAGAUCCCUCAGAAUAAAGCCAUGGUGCUUAGAGGUCACGAGUCAGAGGUCUUCAUCUGCGCAUGGAAUCCCGUCAGUGAUCUGCUCGCCUCUGGGUCAGGAGACUCAACGGCACGAAUCUGGAAUCUGAGCGAGAACAGCAGUAGUAGCUCCACACAGCUCGUCCUGAGGCACUGCAUACGGGAAGGUGGCCAAGACGUGCCCAGCAACAAAGACGUCACAUCGUUAGACUGGAACAGUGAAGGUACACUUUUAGCCACAGGCUCCUAUGACGGCUUUGCAAGAAUAUGGACUAAAGAUGGUAAUCUGGCCAGCACCCUAGGUCAACAUAAAGGUCCAAUAUUCGCGUUAAAGUGGAACAAAAAAGGAAACUUUAUCCUCAGUGCCGGUGUUGAUAAGACAACAAUCAUUUGGGAUGCUCACACAGGGGAGGCCAAACAGCAGUUCCCGUUUCAUUCAGCACCAGCUCUAGAUGUGGAUUGGCAGAGUAACAACACGUUUGCCUCCUGUAGCACAGACAUGUGCAUUCAUGUGUGCAAACUGGGCCAGGACCGACCCAUAAAGACAUUUCAAGGACACACAAAUGAAGUUAAUGCAAUCAAAUGGGAUCCGACUGGUAAUUUGUUGGCGUCGUGUUCUGAUGACAUGACUCUGAAGAUUUGGAGUAUGAAACAGGACACUUGUGUUCAUGAUUUGCAAGCUCACAGCAAAGAAAUCUAUACUAUCAAAUGGAGCCCCACAGGUCCAGGAACCAACAACCCCAAUGCCAAUCUAAUGCUGGCCAGGUAAGGUCCAGAACCUUUAAUAUUUUCAGCACCUGAUGCUCUGUAUAUUAAUGCAGUUUUCUAGCGAGAAGUGGAUAUAGAUUUUUCCCCCAAAAUGGAUACUGAAACAUUUUGAGCUUGUCCACUUCCAAAGGUACUUGACAAUAUGUUUGAUAAGGUUGCAUUGGCAUAGGAGCAGCUACUCCAACAAAAACCUGCAGCUACUUGCUCUGUACAAAUUACCCAAUGUUGAGACACAGUCAGAGGUGCCAUUUACACUAAUGCAUUUUAAAAUGCAUAGGUUGUGUCAUGAUUAUGUCCCUAAAGCACCUUCCUCACCUUUAACCCACAAAAAAUGGAAUGUUUUAAAAAUGCUGAAGACUCUGUUUUAGUUUGAAAAUGCUGAUGUUUUCAAGGUGUUCUAAAAUAAAACCAUGGCUGUCUACAAUCACUGUUUCACUGGCCUCCUGGACUAUUGCAUAUUGCUCCCUGCUUCAUCAAGCCCUUUUCAUUUUAAAGAAAAUCUUGUUCAGAUAAACACUAUAAAUGAGGACUUUUCCCUCAAUCCCCGGGUCUGAAUGCAGACUCAGUGCAGCAGGUCUCUUGCCCUGUCUAUUUCAACCAUUAGCCCUGCUGGUAAUGUAGAGUAUUUAGGCAAACACAGCAGCAUGGCGAUGUAUCUAAAUGUGAACGAACUCCUGAUAAAAGACAAUGCCAGCCAUUCUCCAAUUCUCGUACUGCUCUCCUGACAAAAAUGCUUGCUGCACACGAACAGCUAUGCUGUAUUGGCCCUGACAGCAUCGUGGGGAAAACAUGCAACAAACCCUGUGGAUCAUUGAAACAAACACAUUCGACCCUUCAUGAACAGCUAAAUACUGUGUGCUGUGGGUCCGUGGAUGCGAUCUCACCCAAUAACAACAUAGGGUCUCACAGCUUGUCACUGGCAGGCCUGUCUUGCCUUCGGAAAGUACGUGCAGUCAAGAAUAAUUAAGAAGCCGGCUCUACUCAGCUAUGGAUAAUAAUGAGAAACCGACGUGUCAUCUUUGCACUUGCAGUUUUGCGCUACGUCGCCAAUUUUGAUCCCGCCCCAAAAAUCAUUAUAAACCCGGAAGAUGUAAUUAGCUGACAAAAGCUCAAAAUUAUCCAGUUUACCCCACAAUUACAGCUGAGAGAAGCUAACAUUGUCUUAACUGAUGCUCAACACACACAAAUCUGUUAAAAUCUAAAAAAAAAAAAAAAAAAAAA